UUCCAACCGACACGAAUAAUACGACACAAUACAAUAUUUCAUUGCAACGUUACUUAUCGAUACAAUACAAGGAACGAAGAUGCCGAAUUAUUUCGAAUGUUGUAAAACGAAAGAGCUAUCCAACUAUGUGUGCAUAACAUGUAAACAAAUUUUUCAUCGCAGUUGCUGCAACAAAUGAAAUGACGUAAUUGUCAUUGCCAAGCAUAUGAUAUAGUACGACUUGUCAAGGAAAAGGUUAAGAAGAAAUGGAGAAGGAUAACACUACCAAAGAAAUAAUAAGAGAAUUACAACAAGAGAUUACAGAGAAGGAUAAAUAUAUCGCCUCUAUGAAAAAACGCUCAUUGGCCUUUGAGGAUGAUGUGAUUGAAAUUGAAAAAAAUGACGACGAGAUCCAGACUUACAAGCGUCAAAUACAAAAUAUAGAGCAACAACUUGCAUAUUUAUCCUCAAAAAACAGUACACUGCAGGAAUUGACAAUCUCUUUUGUUGGAAGAGUCACCUGUUGCGAAUGA